GUUCCCCUUAAACAAGUGCAGCAAGUAACAGCAAGCGCAGUAGGAAAGCAGUGGCAGAGUGGGCAGCAUUGAGAAAAAGAGGGGCCACCCCCUUGCCAGGCUAUUGGAGCGAUUGGAGCGAUUGGGAGCGACCCUUUCCAUUUUGGAAAUUUACAAGCAAAAAAAGCUGCCCUCAACUUUCUUCCACCCAAAACCGCAAGGCACAACACAACUCUCUCUUCCUCAAACCACACAAACCACACACCGCUCCUCUUAGUUUUCCUCCCUUAAACUUCUACGACUACCAUUCUCAGGAACGCAUCCUUUUCUUACCUCUUCCUUCAGUCGUGUUCGAUACUAUCAUAAUCAACCACCGUCAAAAUGCGUGAGAUCGUUCAUCUUCAGACAGGCCAAUGUGGUAACCAAAUCGGUGCUGCUUUCUGGCAAACCAUCUCCAGCGAGCACGGUCUCGACAGCAAUGGCGUUUACAAUGGUACUUCCGAGCUCCAGCUCGAGCGCAUGAGCGUCUACUUCAACGAGGCUUCCGGCAACAAGUAUGUUCCUCGUGCCGUCCUCGUCGAUCUCGAGCCCGGUACCAUGGACGCCGUCCGUGCUGGUCCCUUCGGUCAGCUCUUCCGACCCGACAACUUCGUCUUCGGUCAAUCCGGUGCCGGAAACAACUGGGCCAAGGGUCAUUACACUGAGGGUGCCGAGUUGGUUGACCAAGUUCUCGAUGUCGUUCGUCGUGAGGCUGAAGGCUGUGACUGCCUCCAGGGUUUCCAGAUCACCCACUCCCUCGGUGGUGGUACCGGUGCCGGUAUGGGUACCCUGUUGAUCUCCAAGAUCCGCGAGGAGUUCCCCGACCGUAUGAUGGCCACCUUCUCCGUCAUGCCCUCCCCUAAGGUUUCCGACACCGUUGUCGAGCCUUACAACGCCACCCUCUCCGUCCACCAGCUGGUCGAGAACUCCGACGAGACCUUCUGUAUCGACAACGAGGCUCUGUAUGACAUCUGCAUGCGCACGCUGAAGCUGUCCAACCCCUCGUACGGUGACCUGAACCACUUGGUCUCUGCUGUCAUGUCCGGCGUUACUACUUGCUUGCGUUUCCCCGGUCAGCUAAACUCUGACCUGCGCAAGCUUGCCGUGAACAUGGUUCCUUUCCCUCGUCUCCACUUCUUCAUGGUCGGCUUCGCCCCCCUGACCAGCCGUGGCGCUCACUCUUUCCGUGCCGUCACCGUCCCUGAGUUGACUCAGCAGAUGUUCGACCCCAAGAACAUGAUGGCUGCUUCCGAUUUCCGUAACGGUCGCUACCUGACGUGCUCAGCCAUUUUCCGUGGUAAGGUCUCGAUGAAGGAAGUUGAAGACCAGAUGCGCAACGUUCAGAACAAGAACUCGUCCUACUUCGUUGAGUGGAUCCCCAACAACGUCCAGACCGCUCUCUGCUCGAUUCCUCCCCGUGGCCUCAAGAUGUCUUCUACCUUCGUCGGUAACUCGACCGCUAUCCAGGAGCUGUUCAAGCGUGUCGGCGAGCAGUUCACUGCCAUGUUCCGACGAAAGGCUUUCUUGCAUUGGUACACUGGUGAGGGUAUGGACGAGAUGGAGUUCACCGAGGCUGAGUCCAACAUGAACGACUUGGUCAGCGAAUAUCAGCAGUACCAGGAUGCCGGUGUCGACGAGGAGGAAGAGGAAUUCGAGGAGGAGGCCCCGUUGGAGGAGGAGUAAGCGUUCCGUCAUAUACCCCAUAUCCAUAAGCGGCAACCUACGGAAUGGUGGCACGGCACGGGUGGGUGACUAAGGCAUGUCACGGUUUUGUGGUUCCCGCUUCCCUAUACUAUUCUCACGCCCCCUUCGUUACCCAGACGUUCAAUGGAUAUAGUAGUACCUUAAUAAGAAAUUGAUCAACCGUGGUCAAUUGAACUGUCUGCGGGGCUUGUUAGAUAUACCUCUUUGGUGUGCGUCUGGAGAGAAAAAAGGAAAAAUUAUUCAUUAGUAGUAACAAGAACAAUAAUUGAUCGUCUUGUACUAAUUACUUACUAUUCUUGGCCUGCGUUUUCGUAGGGCCUGUAAUACAGUUCCAUUCCGACUUGUGAAGAGUGAUGUGUAUCGUCUAUAUUUGCCCGUUAGAGACUAGUGAUGGGUUUCUACGUUCCUCAACUUGAUUCCUCUUAUAUGGUUCUCAUACAAG